UGUGCCCAAAUCUAAUUGGCCUUUAUAUGUUUUUCCUAUAGGUAAAGUCAGACAGUGUUUUCCUCUUGUGAACUGCCCAGAUUCCAUGGAAAAUAAUGUUACUGAAUUUAUCCUCACGGGUCUUUCCCAAAAUGAGCAAGUGCAGCAACUAUGCUUCUUUUUGUUCUUACUCUUUUAUAUGAUCCUCAUGACUGGAAAUUUUUUCACUAUAAUGACUAUCCAAAGGAGCCCAAAUCUCAACUCUCCAAUGUACUUCUUUCUUAGCUUCCUAUCCUUUGUUGACAUCUACUAUUCCUCUGUUACAGCCCCCAAGCUGAUUAUUGACUUCCAAGCCCAGGUCAAAAGGAUCUCUUUUGUUGGUUGUAUGGUCCAGCUCUUUUGUGUUCAUCUGUUUGGCUGCACAGAGAUCUUUAUCCUCACAGUGAUGGCCUAUGACAGGUACGUGGCCAUCUGUAAGCCUCUGUGCUAUACGACCAUCAUGGACUGGAAGGUCUGCUCCAUACUGGUGGUGACCUGUUGGUUAGGAGGGUUUGUGCAUUCCUUCAUCCAGACCAUCCUCACUGUACAACUGCCUUUCUGUGGCCCCAACCUGAUUGACCACUACUUCUGUGACAUCCACCCUCUACUGAAGCUGGCUUGCACAGACAUGUAUGUGGUGGGGCUCAUUGUGGUGGCCAACAGUGGCGUGAUUUCACUAAGCUGCUUUGUCAUUCUUGUGGGCUCUUACACUGUCAUCUUGCUUUCCUUCAAGACCCGCUCAUCAGAGGGGAGGCGCAAGGCCCUGUCCACAUGUGCUUCCCACGUCGCUGUGGUGAUCUUGUUUUUUGUUCCCUGCCUCUUCGUCUACCUAAGGCCUUCCACCACUUUUGCUGAGGACAAAAUGGUGGCUGUGUUUUACACUAUCAUCACACCCAUGUUGAACCCUCUGAUCUAUACGCUGAGAAACAUGGAGGUGAAAAAUGCCAUGAAGAGACUGUGGAUUGAGAGGUGGUUGGGUAGAAACAGGAGAGACCCUGAUGUGAAGCUCAAUGGGAUUGGUACAGCCUCAUUUGUACCAGUUUCCAAAGGAGGUGCUGGGAAUAAGUCAGGUAUCAUACCUUAAAUCCUAUCACACAAAGAAAUACUAUAAUAAAGCAGAGAGUCUGGGAUUUGAAGUCUAAAUACCCAGUCUGGAGGGCCUAUUCUACCAAUUACUAGUAGUUUGAAUUUAGGCAAAAAGAUAGUCCCUUACAGGUGCCCUGAGUGGAUUAAAUGGUUGUACAGAGAAAUCUGAUGCCAAAACACAGUCUGUUUCCUAACAUAUAGUACUGUUGUCUCUGAGCAAUAACGUCUCA